AUGUCUACUCCACAAGAAUUUGCCUACAAGGAAAGACCAGAUGUCUUGGUUCUUUUCGAUGUCGAUGGUACUUUGACUCCAGCUAGAUUGACCGUCUCUGACAAAGUCAGAGAUACUUUGGUCAAGUUGAGAAAGAAGGUCUGCAUUGGUUUCGUUGGUGGUUCUGAUUUGAGCAAGCAAUUAGAACAAUUAGGUCCAAACGUUCUAAAUGAAUUCGACUACGCUUUCUCUGAAAACGGUUUGACUGCUUACAGAAUGGGUAAGCAAUUGGCUUCCCAAUCUUUCAUCAACUGGAUUGGUGAAGAAAAGUACAACAAGUUGGCUAAGUUCAUCUUGGGUUACUUGGCUAACAUUGACUUGCCAAAGAGAAGAGGUACUUUCCUAGAAUUCAGAAACGGUAUGAUCAACGUUUCCCCAAUUGGUAGAAACGCUUCUACUGAAGAAAGAAACGAAUUCGAAAGAUACGACAAGGAACACAACAUCAGAGCCAAGUUCGUCGAAGCUUUGAAGAAGGAAUUCCCAGACUACGGUUUGACUUACUCUAUCGGUGGUCAAAUCUCCUUCGAUGUUUUCCCAACCGGUUGGGACAAGACCUACUGUCUACAACACGUUGAGAAGGACGGUUUUAAGGAAAUCCACUUCUUCGGUGACAAGACUCAAGUUGGUGGUAACGAUUAUGAAAUCUUCGUUGACCCAAGAACUAUUGGUCACUCUGUUCAAACUCCAGAUGACACUGUCAAGAUUUUGAACGAAAUCUUCAACUUAUAA